AUGCAAGCUGAGAAGCCAAAGGAAAACGAAAAGGCGAAGAAGGGCAGGAAGAAGUCCAGCCAGAACUUCUCUGGUUCUUUGGUGCGCCCAUCUGCUGCUGGUACUGUUGUUGACCGUCGUCCAUUGGUUGAUACAAGGCCCUUUCAUAAGCAGAGUGCCUUUGCCCCUGUUCCUCGAGAACACAUCAACGUUGCCGAAGUCCCGAUUACGAUGUAUGAUUCUGAUGAGAAGGAGCUGUGGGAUGCGAUGAACCAGUGCUGGAAGGAACGCGAUGCUAAGAGAGCUGCCGAAGAACAGAAGAAACAAAACAGCAAGAAGGCAAAAGAUGCACAUCCCACUAUCGAGUAUUGUACCCAAGAUUCUGCUGGAGAUGAUCCACCACCGCCACCUGGUGGAGCUGGAGCUGUCGCUUUUCAAAAUCCGGACAAGUACAAGACACCACCUUCCCAGCCACCUACCCCAGCUGAACUGUCUGCUCCCAGGCCUGCACGUCGUCUUGCUACUACUUUGUUCUAUGACAACACGUUGAACUAUGACGAGUAUCACAACUCUGCCAGCACUGUUCCCCGUCCCGGAAGCUGUCCUCCAGCCUUGCCAUCUCCUACCAAAGAGGCCACUGCUGGUUUUUUGGCUCCGAAGACCGGUACCAAGGUCGCUGGAAAGAGAACCAGCACCGGUCUUGUUUCGAAUUCAGUUGCAAAGAAGAAGAAAGCUCCUACCAAGCGACAGGCCAACAACAAUGGUGGCGGCAUGAGGUUCACAGCUGAAGAGGACACUGCUCUGUUGGAUGCUUGGGAGUUGAUUCUUCCAAUUGGCAAGGAAGAACACGCGAAGGCUGCUGCCGAAUACAACAACCACUUCCCCUCUCAUCGUCAUCGAGAAACCCAGAACUUACGGGCCAAAUUCAACAAAUGGAUGUCCUCUAAGGCACCUACUGGCGAUCCUGACUUGCCACCCACCAUUCGUCGUGCGAAGCAAAUUGCUUGGAAGAUCAAAGAGAAAGCUCAGAUGGUUGCUUUGCAGGAUGGCAUUACGGACCCAUUCGAGAAGACAGUUGCCUCCUCUGCUCCAUCUUCUGGUGAGAAAACUGACAACAGCAAAGCUGUCAGUGUCACCAAGGCUACCAGGAAGGCUGCCAGGAAGAACGAAUUCGUGAAAGCAAUCAAGGCAUCGGACAAGGCCCAGGCAAAGCGUGACAAGCGUCGCGAGAUGAUGAACAUGCAAGGAAUGAUGGUCAUGGCUACUACAGUUGCUGCUAUAGCUUCUGCUCUUUCUGGGAAGAAGGUGGAGAUUCCCAAUAUGACGCAACCAGCUAGCAUGCCCAUGGGUGCCGGAAUCAGCAGUGAUGAUACCAGUACCAGCAGUGACGAUUCUUCCAUCGGUGGCGGCAGCCGUUUCAAGAAACGCCUUGCAGCCUACAAGAAGAAGAGAGCUCUCAAGAAGAAAAAGAAGAAGAAAAAGAAGGAGACCUUACUUGACAGCGACCAGGAAGAUGGAAAGAUGCCUGCCAAGAAGGACGACGAUGAUAGCAGCAGUGGUGGCGAAGUGGAAUUGGUAGAUCCGUAUGGCCCGACUGGCAAGCUCUGA